AUGAAGAUAAAACGGCCAUUUCAGGCACAUUAUUUGCUCAUCCUGACCCAUUUGAUCAGAGCCCAACUCGAAAUCACCAUUAAGAAUCAGAAAACUGUCUAUGCCGCGCCUGGCAGCAACGUGACCCUUCGAUGCUGCAUUCUGAAACAAGAUGGGAUCCACAUCACCCAAACUCAGUGGUCAAAAGUGGAUGAUGCCCCGUCAUCCAGGAUAGCCGUACAUCACCCUGUCUAUGGCACUGAAACAUUGCAUUUUGCUAAACUGGGAUACCACCCUUCUGCGAGCUUCAGCCAACAGUGCCACCACUGCCAGCCAGACUUGAACAGAACUUCCAGCCACAGCCCUUCCACAGCCAGCUACACCAAGUGCAACCAAUGGAAUUUACAGCUGAAUAAUGUGAGUCUGGAACAAGCAGGACAGUAUGAGUGCAGCUUCGCUACAUACCCAGCUGGAAUAAGAAGCUCAGAAAUCAGCCUCAUUAUUAAGAAUCCUGAUGAGAGGAGUUCUGUGGUAGAAAUAUUGUGGAACCAGACGUUGGAAAUUCCCUGCUUUAAAGGCAUGAAUUCUUCAGUCCUGGCAAAGGCUACUUUGAAAUGGCUAACGCAGAAGGAAACUGGAAAUGAAGAGAUACUUAUAACCAAACAGCCUUAUAACCCUCCUGGGUAUCGAACCAAUGACACAGUAUCUAAGGAAAGAAUCCAUGUGAGUCCAAACAAGACGUUGAGGAUAUCACCUGUCUCCAUACUUGACGAUGGCAAGAAAUUCAUCUGUUAUCUCUCCUACCACCUUGGAAUGAAGAGCACCACUGAAGUUAAAGUAUUUGUCAAACCAGAAAUCUCUAUUGCCCUCCUCACGGAUGUAACAGGAAAGGUGACUCUUAGUUGUGUAGUAAAGAAGGCAUUUCCCAAACCAAACAUCCUGUGGUACAUGGACAGAAAGAUUCUGAAGGACAAACCUGAAGGAAUGUUUCUUAAAAAUGAAGACACAAAGGAUGACGAAGGUUUUCAUGAGAUGAGAUCGCUGUUGACAAUAUGGGAUCCAUCUCAGCCACCUAUUCCUAAGGUUUUCAGAUGCAUGGCUGUGUACCCUAUCCCCGGAAAUGAACUGCAGAAUGUUUCAUCUGAAGAAAUAUGUCAUCCUUCUGACCAUGUCUCUACCAAAGGAGUGGCUGAACUGACCUCACUGACUAGCAGUAGCUCUUCACCCACGAUAAAGGGUAGGUUUGAUAUUGCUGGUGUCACCAUGAAUUCAGGACCCCGUCAUUUCUCCUGGCCAGCGUAUGUAGCGGCGUUGCUUUUUGUCUGCAGUUUCUUCAUGGUUUUGGGGAUCAGAAAAUGGUGCCAGUAUCAAAAAGAGAUUAUGAACAGACCACCACCUUUCAAGCCUCCUCCUCCUCCAAUCAAGUACACGUCUAUGCAAGAAUGUGAUGGUGUUUACCCAUCCUGCAAUGAACUGGAAAAUUUGUAA